UAAAAAGAGUAACAGGAAAAUCAUGCUUAUUAGGAAAGCAACCUGAACGGCCGUGCGGCCUACUUGACUGACUGACAAAAUUUACAAGGCCACCAUUUCUGUCACCCGCACAAACGUCCGAUCUUUAAUCUCAUUGAAUUAUAUAGUCAAUACGGCGACCACAAGGUCAACCUCCCAUUUCCGACUCAUAUAGCUUCAGCAGAAUCCACAAGUUCCAUUAUAAAUAGGAAAUACAAAGAUAUCCCAAUUACUGAUAAAUAUUUAAUUUUUGAAUCACCCCCUUCUUCUUCUUCAUCUUGUUUCACUUCUGCAACAGAGAAUAAGCAGUCUUUCUUUCUGUUUCUAUGUCUAUUUCCGGUUUUGUUUUCGCUUUUUCCAUGCUUGAUGAGCCACAAGGUUUUUGCAGAUGUUGCUGCAGUUUCGUCUUUACUUUAGUUCUCACCGCCUUCGUCAUCUGGCAAAGUCUUCGCUCUGACAAACCUAAAUGCUCCAUACAAGACUUCUAUCUUCCAGCUCUCAACAAAUUUUUAAACACUCCAGACAAUACCACUCUUUACUUCAAGUUAAAGCUCCAAAACCCCAACAAAGACAAUGGUAAUUUUUACGAUCCCGUGAAAGUUGCAAUAUCCAACAAAUCGAAUACCACCACCUCCUGCAUUGGAAGCUACUUGGUUCCCCAAUUCUAUCAAGGGCACAAGAAGACAGCUAGGAAAGACGGCAGCGUUAAGGCUGACAAGGAGGUGCCUGAACGGGCGGCUUUUGUCAACGGGACGGCGGUUUUCAGAGUGAAUUUGGCGACGGCGGUGCGGUUCAAGAUCAUAUUGUGGAAGACUAAGAGGUAUAGGAUCAUGGUUGCGGCCGAUGUGUUGGUCAACGAUAAUGGCUCAAAAGACCCUGUCGGAAGGAAGAAAAAGAAGGACGUUAAGCUAUCUCAAGCUCCAAUGAGCUUGAGGCUUUGUGGAAUUGUGGGAAUUUUGUUGAAUUUUUUGUUUUUAUUUGCCUAAUUUCUAAUAAAUCUUAAUGCCUUUACAAAGCAUUUGGAUUUUUGUGUUUUUCUUUCUUAAUUUAUUUUGACAUUGCUGCUGUAAAA